AUGGGGAUUAGCAAAGCUGCCUUUCUCCUUCUGUUCUUUCUCAGCUCAGUGCAAGGAAGCAUCCUAGACCGCUAUGUGAGAACAGAGGGAGCUUGGUUGCUCAACUCAAUUAAGCAAGUUUAUAGAGCAAAUAGUGAUGAAGAAUGCGCGGAGAAAUGUGAAAAUGAAGAGAAUUUUGUUUGCAGGGCCUUCUUAUUUACCAGUAAAGACCAACAGUGUUUAACAUUGGCUGAGAACACCAAAAAAGCAGUGAUAUUCAGAAGAACAAAUGCAGUUCUUUAUGAAAAAAUAAUUUAUCUUCUAGAAUGCAAGGAAGGAAAAGGAGUGAAUUACAGAGGAACAGAAGCCAAAACUCGGGAAGGUGUGCGGUGCCAGAAGUGGGCUGAUAAUACCCCACACAAACCAAAUUACACGCCUGAUAAAUAUCCCAGAGCAGGACUGGAGGAAAACUACUGCAGAAAUCCUGAUGGGGAUGAAAAGGGACCCUGGUGUUACACAACAGAUCCUGAUACCAGAUUUGACUACUGUAACAUCCCUGAGUGUGAAGUAGAGUGCAUGCACUGCAGUGGAGAAAACUACCAUGGAGUAGUUGCAAAAACAGCAUCUGGGCUUGAGUGCCAGCGCUGGGACUCCCAACAACCUCACUCUCAUGGAUACCUCCCAGAAAAUUUUCCAGAGAAGGAUCUGAAGAAUAAUUAUUGCCGUAAUCCUGAUGGAGAACCUCGGCCCUGGUGUUUCACUACCAGUCCAACUAAACGCUGGGAAUAUUGUGACAUUCCUCGUUGCACAACAUCCCCACCACCUCCUGCACCAGGACGUCAGUGUCUUUCAGGAAGAGGAGAAGACUAUCGAGGCACAAUAUCUGUUACUGAGUCGGGAAAUACCUGUCAGCACUGGAGUUCUCAAUCUCCCCACAGGCACGCUCGCACUCCUGAAAACUAUCCCUGCCAGAGCCUAGAUGAAAACUACUGCAGAAAUCCUGAUGGUGAGAAGAAGCCAUGGUGUUACACCACCAACACAACUGCCCGUUGGGAAUAUUGCAACAUCCCCUCCUGUGAUAGUACCAAGCCAGAGGACCCUGCUGUUGAUGUGCCUGAGCAGGCUCAAGUUACUGAGGAGUGUUAUAAGGGCAAUGGGGUGACUUACCGUGGUACAGCUUCUUUCACUGUCUCGGGAAAGAAAUGUCAAGCCUGGAGCUCAAUGUCACCUCACCGGCACAACAAAACAGCAGAGAACUUCCCAAAUGCGGGCCUGACCCAAAAUUACUGCAGAAACCCAGAUGCUGACAGCCGUCCAUGGUGCUACACCACUGACCCCAGUGUGAGGUGGGAAUAUUGUGACCUGAAGAAGUGUGAUGGCCAAGGGCUAGAGAAUGCAGCUAAGCCUCCUCAGACAACACUGGAAACAAACCCUGACUGCAUUGUUGGAAAUGGUAUAGACUAUCGCGGCACAGUGGCAAAAACUGCAAGAGGCAGGACUUGUCAAGAGUGGAGUUCUCAGAAACCUCAUAUCCACGACUAUUUCACUCCCACAACUCAUCCAAGAGCAGGACUGGAAAAAAAUUAUUGCAGGAAUCCUGAUGGAGAUGUGAAUGGACCUUGGUGCUACACAACAGACCCGAGAAAAGCCUGGGAGUACUGUGACAUUCCCAAGUGCCCUCCUCCUCAGUAUGAAUGUGGAAAAUCCAAGUUCAGACCAAAGCUGUGUGCUCAAAGGAUUGUCGCAGGGUGUGUUUCACAUCCACACUCCUGGCCCUGGCAGAUCAGUCUCCGUACCAGUUAUGGCCUGCAUUUCUGUGGGGGAACUCUGAUAGAUCCUGAAUGGGUUCUUACUGCUGCCCACUGCUUAGAAAAGGGCCCACGAGCAGCUGCAUACAAAGUGUACCUUGGAUUGCACAAAGAAGCAGCAACAGAGCCAUCAGUACAAAUACGUGGUGUAGAGAAGUUGUUCAAGGGGCCACGCAGAGCAGAUAUUGCUCUGCUCAAACUGAGCAGACCAGCAGUCAUUAAUAAUCAUGUAAUCCCAGUUUGUUUACCAAAAGAAAACUCUGUGUUAGGAGGAAGAGAGGAGUGCUAUGUGACAGGCUGGGGGGAUACAAAAGGUACUCCUGGUGAUGGCUUCUUAAAGGAAACUGGCUUUCCUGUAAUCGAGAAUAAAAUAUGCAACCGCCCUGAAUUUUUGAACGGUAGAGUUAACAACCACGAGCUCUGUGCUGGGAAUAUUCAUGGUGGCACAGAUACCUGCCAGGGGGACAGUGGAGGACCUCUAGUCUGUCUGGACCAAGAUAGAUUUGUCCAACAUGGAGUCACCUCCUGGGGUCUUGGCUGUGCCCAGCCCAUGAAACCUGGUGUUUAUGUUCGAGUCUCCAACUAUAUUCCUUGGAUUAAGAGUGUGAUGGAAAGCAACUGA